GGCUGCGCGCACCCGGGCGGGGCAGCCGGAAGCCGGAGCCGCCACAGCACCGAGGAAGGGGCUCAGUGCCGGCCCUCAGCUCCGCUCCUCGCCGUUCGCCUCCGCCGGGCCGGCCGGAGCGAGCGCCGCGGAGCCGCCCGCCGCCAUGUCCAACAUGGAGAAGCACCUCUUUAACUUGAAGUUUGCUGCAAAGGAACUCAACAGGAACUCCAAAAAAUGCGACAAAGAAGAGAAGGCUGAGAAAGCUAAAAUCAAGAAGGCAAUUCAGAAGGGCAACAUGGAGGUGGCACGGAUCCACGCCGAGAACGCCAUCCGCCAGAAGAACCAAGCCAUCAACUUCCUGCGCAUGAGCGCCAGGGUAGAUGCUGUUGCAGCGAGGGUUCAGACUGCAGUCACAAUGGGCAAGGUAACGAAGUCGAUGGCAGGGGUAGUUAAGUCUAUGGAUGCCACACUGAAGAGCAUGAACUUGGAAAAGAUCUCUGCACUAAUGGAUAAAUUUGAGCAUCAGUUUGAAACUCUGGAUGUUCAGACACAACAGAUGGAGGACACAAUGAGCAACACUACUACGUUAACAACGCCACAGAACCAAGUGGAUAUGCUCCUACAGGAAAUGGCAGAUGAAGCAGGUCUUGAUCUGAACAUGGAACUACCUCAAGGACAGACAGGUUCUGUUGGAACAAGUGUUGCCUCAGCAGAACAGGAUGAGCUGUCUCAGAGACUGGCCCGCCUACGUGAUCAAGUCUAAGAGAGCUGCAGCUCUCUCCACCUGCUUUCACAGCACCCUCUCUGUACCUAACCCUUCAAUACACUAGGAAAGUGUAUCCAGUAUGGCUUUGGUGUCUGAAUAUUUGUAAUCUAGGGUACUCCACUCCAAGCUUGCUACUCUUUCUAAAAUACAUUGUAAGUGACCCCAAAAUAUCAGCUCUCUAAUGUCCUUUUUCUGUACAUUUUGAAGUUGAUAUAUAUUUUUUUGAGAGGUUUUUUUUUUCCCCCACAAAAUCAAGUUGACAUUCUGAGUCAGCUAGCAGUGGUGGUGCAUUCUAGCUGAGGCAGAAGCAGGUUGCCAUUGAUGUUUUAAAUUAAGAAGUGAUUUCUUUUUAAAUGCUGAGAACUGUUUGUGGUGGAGAACUGAUGUGUUCAGUUCAGGUGAUAGUUGUAGAUAACUUUCUGACACAGCCAAACUCCUGGAACAAGCAGAGGUGGCCAGCGUGGACUCCAUGGACUUGAAGAAGUGGACUUCAGGCUGAGGUUUUGAGUCUUUUCCAGCUAGAGGAAUUGUCUUGAAAUGGGACUUUCAGUUAAAAAAUUGGGUUACCAAAAGCUGUUUCCAUACAACUGGGAACUUGUUUGGUGUCACCACCUUAAGCACAGGAGGAAUAAAAUCUAUUUUUCAACUCUUUGUCAGUUCUGUUGAGUGCUGUAACUUGCUCCUUGGUUAAUGUCAAGUGCUGUAGUGUCUCCCUGUUACUUCUCAGUGCCCUGGGGUACAGCCUUUUAUGUCACUGACUGUUCUGCCAAGGUUCUGGUUCCUGCUGAUCAGGACUAUCCAUUUCUGUAGAUUCAAGCUAAAAAGCUUUAUAGGAAGCAACUGAAGCUGCUUUUCUCCAUUCCUCCUUCUGCCUUUGCUUUUAUCUAGUCACUUUUUUUAUAAGUAGGGACAAGUCUUGUGAUCCUUCUCCUCAGCCUUCCGCCUUGGAGGGUACAG